AUGGUGGAUGUUGCGGGGAAGGCCGAGACUAAACGCCGGGCUACAGCAGUUGGUCGGAUUCUGUUCGCCAACCACGAAGUCCCCAAGCUGAUCAAAAGUAACUCGCUCAAAAAGGGAGACGUCCUGAGUGUGGCCCGCAUCGCUGGAAUCAUGGCCGCCAAACAAACAAGCAGCCUCAUCCCUCUUUGCCACCCCCUGCCUAUCACCAAGAUACAAAAUAACUUGUUUAUGGAGUCCAAUGCCGUGCGAGUAGAAUGUACGGUCGAAUGUACGGGUAAAACUGGAGUCGAAAUGGAGGCACUGGUUGGGGCCUCCAUGACCCUAAAUACCGUCUACGACAUGUGCAAAGCAGUGGACAGACAUAUGGAACUAAAAGAUAUAAAAGUUGUCCAAAAAUCCGGCGGAAAACACGACUUUAGCUUAUAA